AUGUCGUCUUUGCCAGGAACGGUACCGCGGAUGAUGCGCCCGGCGCCCGGACAGAACUAUCCCCGCACCGGCUUCCCUCUGGAAGUGUCCACUCCUCUGGGCCAGGGUCGGGUCAAUCAGCUUGGCGGUGUCUUCAUCAAUGGCCGGCCCCUGCCCAACCACAUCCGACACAAGAUAGUGGAGAUGGCCCACCACGGAAUCCGGCCCUGCGUCAUCUCCAGACAGCUACGGGUGUCCCACGGCUGCGUGUCCAAAAUCCUCUGCCGCUACCAGGAGACUGGAUCCAUCCGGCCCGGAGCCAUAGGAGGCAGCAAACCCAGGCAGGUAGCAACGCCGGACGUGGAGAAGCGAAUAGAGGAGUACAAGCGGGACAACCCCGGCAUGUUCAGCUGGGAGAUCCGGGACAAGCUGCUGAAGGACGGGGUGUGUGACAGAAGCACAGUCCCUUCAGGUGAGGCCUCCUCUGUGAGUUCAAUCAGCCGUGUUCUGCGAGCUCGCUUUGGGAAAAAGGACGACGAGGACGACUGUGAUAAAAAAGACGAAGACGGAGAGAAGAAAACCAAGCACAGCAUUGACGGCAUCCUCGGUGACAAAGGCGGUCGGAUGGACGAUGCCUCAGAUGUGGAGUCGGAGCCGGACCUUCCCUUGAAGAGGAAGCAGCGGAGAAGUCGAACCACUUUCACAGCCGAGCAGCUGGAAGAGCUGGAGAAGGCAUUUGAAAGAACCCACUACCCCGACAUCUACACCAGGGAGGAGCUGGCCCAAAGGACCAAACUCACCGAGGCCCGCGUCCAGGUGUGGUUUAGCAAUCGAAGAGCCAGGUGGCGAAAGCAAGCAGGAGCCAAUCAGCUAGCGGCGUUCAACCACUUGUUGCCGGGCGGUUUUCCUCCCACGGGGAUGCCAACACUACCGACGUACCAGCUGCCAGAAUCCAGCUACCCCACCACCACUCUGUCACAAGACGGCGGUGGGACAGUCCACCGUCCGCAGCCCUUACCGCCAUCCACCAUGCACCAGGGCGGCCUGUCCAGCGCCGACAGCAGCUCCGCCUACGGCCUGGCCUCCAGUCGCCACGGCUUCUCCAGCUACUCAGACACCUUCAUGAGCUCAGCAGCACCCAGCAACCACGUCAACCCUGUCAGCAACGGACUCUCCCCACAGGUGAUGAGCAUCCUGAGUAACCCCAGUGGCGUCCCCUCCCAGCCGCAGCACGACUUCUCCAUCUCGCCCCUCCACAGCGGCUUGGACUCCUCUCCAUCCAACAGCAUCUCGGCCAGCUGCAGCCAGCGUUCGGGCGAGGCCUCCAUCAAGACGGUGGACAGCCUCCCGUCCUCGCAGUCCUACUGCCCCCCCACCUACAGCACCCCCAGCUACAGCGUGGAUCCAGCCGUGGCCGCCGCAGGAUACCAGUACAGUCAAUAUGGCCAGACUGCUGUGGAUUACCUGGCCAAGAACGUCAGCCUGUCCAGCCAGCGCAGGAUGAAGCUGGCCGACCACUCGGCUGUACUGGGACUGCUGCAGGUCGAGACGGGGCAGGCCUAUUAA